AUGGCCGAAGCCGAGGAGAGCGACUGGGCCAAGGCGGCGCAUCUCUUCUUUUCGGGCGCUCGGUCGGGAGCGGCGGCGGCGGCUCGUCACUGGGCGGGUCCGUACACGGCACAGUUAAUCAACCUUUUCGUGGCCGCGGGUCGCCUUCGGCCGGCCGCUGUGAAGUGCCAGGAUUUCAACUUGACCAACAAUCUCAAAAAACUGCGCUCUUACGAUAAAGGCAGCUCCAUCCGGAUCGAGUACGUUCUCUACAACCGGUGCAGCCGUGGCAACAUCCAGAUCGAGGGCAAGAAAGUGACCGCCACCCCGGGACAUUCUUUCAGCAAACUGGUGCUGUCGUCGGUCGGCAUGGGUUCCAAGCUCACCAUUGGUUCCAACAGCACCUUCCUAUGUUUCAACAAGGGCGGCAGGCUCGUCAACAAG